UUGCUUUCGCUAACUCUGAAACAUCUAUCUAUUUCAUUUUAAGUGUACACUUAUUUAGAGAGUUCAGGAACAGAAAACAAACGGUAGUGCAGGGGUGCGUUCGGAAACCUAUUCCCCAGGGUAAGGUCAGCUCAAACCCGUUCAUAAACGUCAUUUUUUCCCCAUUCCCUAUUCCCAACAGCGUUCGAAAACAUAAGGGAAAAACUCCCAGAGUGUUCCCUACGUACCUCAGUCGGGAGUGUGGGAAAGAUUACCUGUCUUGCGCAGUGCAUCAAUAUGGUGCAUCAAAUCACACAAGUGUGGUAUAUUUGGUAUAUUUUUCAAGCGCGUAUAAAACAAUGAGUAAAAUCAUUAAAAUAAAUAAAUUAUCACACUGCGUUGUGGAAAAUGUGGAAAAAAAACCGAUUUUUGACACGGAAAAAAAAGAAAGAGUUCUUCUACAAGACAAAACAAGUGGAAAUGUUAUGUACGUUAACAUCAAUGAUGCUAUAAUUAAAACAUUUCUAUUGGACUACGGCUAUGAAGUUUCUAAUAAGAGCAACAUAAACAAAUCUACAGAAAAUUCAAAUGUGGGUUUAUGUUACAACAUUUUACAACCAUCUAAUAAAAUUGCAACACAAAACGAAACCCAGGAAGAUUACAAUCCUAAACAUUUCGAUGACGACAUGUUAAAUGCAAGUGGCACAUCAUGUAAAGCUACAUGGACUCAUAAAAGCACAUUAUUACUCAUUGAUUUAUAUAGUAAAUAUGAAACCCAAUUUACAUCUACAAUGAUAAAAGCUGAAGCAGUGUGGAAAAAAAUAGCUACAGAAAUGAAAAACGCUGGCUAUGAAUUUUCAUCCAGCCAGUGUAAAGAUAAAAUGAAAUACAUGAAGCGCUGUUAUUUUAAAAAAAUGGACAAUAUGGGACCUAAGAGCACUGGGUCAGCUCCAAUAAAAUGUGAAUAUUUUGAAGAAUUGGACAACUUAUUUGGUAAAAAACCAAACGUUAAACCAGUCUCUGUUUGCAGCACAUCAAAAUUCAGCUGUCAAACAAAAGCAGAUGAAACAAUUGAGAUAGAAGAAGAUGUAGAAAAUAUUGAUGUUAAAGAAGAGAAAACUUCAGAAAAAGGACGGAAAAGGAAGAGUACAAGUGAUGAUUUACUAGAUAAGUUGAAUAGUAGAGAAGAAGCCAAAGAGCGUAGACAUCUUGAGAAACAAGCAGUUCAACGUGAGAGUAUAACUGUUUUCCAGAAUGUAAUGAAUGAGUUGCUGAAAAAACUUUGAGUCCAAGAAAUACUUUAACUUAGAAAUCUUCAACAUAUUAAUUAUAAGACCAAAUUUAUUUUGUUUUAAAUAUUUUUUAUUAGUUGAACCUGUGAUAUUUUUCGCUAUGCUGUGAUUUAUGUUGUACCUUCUCUUGCCCGAUGGUUUCAGGAUAAGCAAUAUACAUAUAUUUAAAAAAUAUCUGUAAGGUUAGAACAUUAAGUACAAAUUAAUUAAGUAUAAAGGAAAGUAUAUUUUUUGCGAAAGUUUAUCAUAGCUAGACUAUUUGACUAGUAAAAAGUCAGGGACUUAAUGAUAUGUUCUUUUUAUUUACACUCUAAGCAUAUUAUGUGUUUUGUAAUCUAAAAGUUUAUAAAUAUCUUAUUUAUGUUUAAUGUAACAUUCUAUGUUUAAAUAUUACAAUCUACCGAUCAAAGCCAAUAAUAUUGAUAGAAUAUAA